ACCCCAUUUGAACAAAUUAGGUCAUUAACUAUUUUCCCUUCCAUUUUUCCAAGUUGAGCUGUAGUAACUGUGGAGAAAUUCAAACGCGAAAUUGAGUGAUAACUGGUUUAGAAGUGAUAAAAGAUGCAACACGAUGAGGUCAUAUGGCAAGUUAUCAGACACAAGCAUUGCAGCUUUAUGGCCAAGAUUGAGACUGGGAUAUUUUGUCGAAACCCAUAUAAUGUAACUGGGAUUUGCAACCGUAGCUCAUGUCCUCUGGCUAAUAGCCGGUAUGCCACCAUUCGGGAUCAUGAUGGAGUAUUCUAUUUGUACAUGAAAACAAUAGAAAGGGCUCACAUGCCAAACAAGCUUUGGGAAAGAGUUAAAUUGCCAAGAAAUUACGAAAAGGCUCUGGAAAUCAUUGAUAAACAUUUGAUGUACUGGCCAAAGUUUCUUGUGCACAAGGCAAAACAAAGAUUAACAAAAAUGACUCAGAUGCGAAUAAGAAUGAGGAAGCUUGCUUUGAAAACAAGGGAGAAGAUAAUGACCACACCAAGGAAAGAAACAAAAAGGGAAUCUCGGCGACAGGAAAAGGCUGAAAAAGCUGCUCUUCUCGAUAAAAGUAUUGAGAAGGAACUGCUAGAACGCCUUUCAAAAGGAGUGUAUGGAGAUAUUUACAAUUAUCCUGAGCAGAAGUAUCAAGAGAUUCUUGAUAGGGAAGCAUUGCAAGUGGCUAGUGAAGAAGAAGACGAGGAGGAACUUGAAGUAGAAUAUGUUGAAGGCUAUGAAGAUCUUGAAGAAGAAGAUAUCGAAGAUUUUGAUGGUUUUGGAAUUAGAGACAGUGGCUUGGAUGCUGAUACCGGAAUGGAUGAUGACGAUGAAGACGACGAAGAGGCUGUUACAGUUCAUCGGAAGAGCGGUAGAAAAGAUUCUGCUUUAGCUAGAAGAAGAUCUGAGAAAGAUGAUCCAAGUGCCAAAUCAAAGAAGGCAAAAGUGCUCGUGGAGGUUGAGCAUGACGAUACAGGUGCAAGACAGACAGCAGUACAAUGAGAGCUUGCUUUUUAAGUGGGACAGUAAAAGGAUUCGGUUGGAAACAAAUGUUACGCGAAGAGAUGCUAUUUUUUUCCUCAAAAUAUGCGUAAGACUUUGCUUGCUAGAACGAAAUGGACAUAUGAGCGAAUGAGUUGGAACUAAAUUUUGAUCUUGUGAACAGAUUUUGUGGUAAUUAUUCAUAUGCGCGUAUUCGAGUGGAUAAUAGAGAAAAAACUCUUGGGCCAAAUCUAUUGAUUUGGUUAGGCCCAUAAUCAGCUUGGAUUGUGAUCGUACUUAGGCCCAUAACGCGAAUACUGGAAGAAAUGAUUUUGUAUUACUCACAUCGUUACCUUAUUUUUCCCUUCAUUUUGCCGUUGCUUUAUGAAAAGGUUCAUUUUAUUUUUAACAA